ACGUCGAUGGCUGUACGAUGUGCGUCUACGUUUCUCGAUUCGUGGACUUGAUGGGUGUCGGGGGGGCCCCCAUCUGGGGUAUGAUCGCGCAGGGCUUUCUCAAGCUACGCCUACCGACACUUUGGUUUCGGACGUUUAACUUUGUUGGUUACGCGUGCCUUCGGGCCUGGCUGGUGAUGGUGUUGAUAUGAAUCGUCGCUCCGGAGUCUCGAAUAAGUAACGGUCAACUUUCGUCCGGGGAUUGCUGCUGCUACCAUUUUCGGUUAUGAAGUAAUUAUUCGUAGAAUCACAGCUGUGGUACGGCAAAAUUG